CUUCUCCAUUUCGUCAUCGCCUCGACGGCGGCACCAUUGAUUUAGGGAUUUAGUUUUGAUUUGGUUUUGGAAUUCGCCAAUUGUACCACAAAGUUCGUUUUGGUUUUAGAGGGGCGACUGCCGUCUUCAUAGAAGAAGUUGAGUUUUGAUGGUUGCUAGUGACAGAGAGUUUGCAUAUUCGUGAUUUUUGGCAGAUUUGCUAAUUACGUAAUUAAGUUAAAGAAAAAGUCAUUUAAAAAUAUGUGCCACUUUAUUAAAGUAUAACAAUAAAAAUUUUGAAUCAUAAAAUUUCGUAUUCAAAUAUAAAAAAUUCGAAUUAAAUAGCGAACUCAACAUUUUGAUUCAUUUUCAUCAUAGAUGAAUGUAGUAUAUAAAAAUGAUUAUAAUCGGCUUCUAAACACAUCGAAUAACUCGAUUUAUUCGAGAAAUUAUUGAAUGUUUGGUAAAGAACGGUGGCGGUGCAACUACACCCCACCCAUAAUAUUAUCAUCAACGAAUAUGCUCAAUCCACGUUGCAUACAUCUACUGGCCCCACUUACUGUUACUGUUAGUAUCGAACUCUCCGUCGCUUCAAUCAUAUAAAAACUCUCACUUCUCCGCACCAAAAUUCAGAUCCGUAACGAAACAUGGGUUUGAAGGAGGAAUUUGAGGAGCAUGCUGAGAAAGCUAAGACCCUGCCCGAGAGCACUUCAAAUGAAAACAAGCUCAUUCUGUAUGGACUCUUCAAGCAAGCUACAGUUGGAAAUGUCAACACGAGUCGUCCUGGUAUGUUUAACAUGAGGGACAGGGCAAAGUGGGAUGCGUGGAAGGCCGUUGAAGGCAAAUCUCAGGAGCAGGCGAUGAAUGAUUACAUCACUAAGGUGAAGCAGUUGCUGGAAGAAGCUGCAGCUUCGAGUUGAUUACAAGCCGUCGUCUAUGAGUAGCUCGCGAUAUAAGUUUGAAAUAAGAUUAUGAAGUAAGUUAUUGACUGUCCUGGUUAUCUUCUACUAUGCUGGCGUAUUUAUGAUUGAAUUUGGUGGAGUUCAGUUAUUCAGACAGUGAUGUGUCAUUGUUAUUAUGAAAAUCCUAUGGUCAUUGUUAUUGAGACAAUCUUGUGAUUGAGAUGGUGCUUAUUCUUGAUAGCUUGUAGUAAUAUGGCACUGUUCUAUCUUUGUUUUCCAA